AUGGAUUCGGGAGGUUUCAAUGUUAAAUAUAACACCAACAACAAAUCAUUACAGUCUAAAAAUCUUGCUCUCAGCUACAUAGCUAAACAAUUUGUGUUUACCACCACUGUAAAUGAUAACAAGUUGUUUGGUGGCUCAGUUUUCAAAAAAUUAUCUGAUCAAUUAGAUUUUGGUUUGCAAGUUUCUUGGUCAUCUGAAAACAAUGAUUCUUCACUUGUUGUUGGUACCCAAUACCAACUGAACAAUGAUGUUAAGUUGCGAGCCAAGAUCAAUAACAAGAGUCAGUUGUGCCUAGGUACUGGUAUUAAAAUCAAAGAUGGUGUUACAUUGACAUUGACCAGCUUAUUGGAAUGUCGUCAGUUCAACCAGGGCGGUCACAAAUUUGGUAUCGGCUUGGAAAUUGCUUUGUAA